AUGGCUUCGGAAGACACUGGUAGCUCUGUUUUUAUGGCCAUUUGUUCUUAUGGUAGUGAAGCUGUGAUUAUUUCCAUCUCAAAAGACACAAUUCUUGAUCAAAUUUUUAAGGAAAUAGUUGAAAGGUGGAGACAUUUAUCUUCUACAAUGAUAGAAGUUAAGUUUUAUAUUCCAAACAAGUCUAAAAUGCUUGUUACGCUCAUGAGCGAUAAGGAUGUUCGUAACAUGCAUGAAAUACACGUCAACUUAAAUGCCAAGGUGAUCGAGAUGGUUGUUACUCAUUCUCCAACCUUGAUCGAAGGUGCUGCUGUGGUAAUUGAGAGUGGCUCAUCGCAUUGUGCUGAAAUCAGUUCGAGAGGGAAAAAUUUUUCGAAGGGUAGCUCAAGUAAUUUUGGUCAAGUUGUUGAAGAAACAAGAGCCGCAAUUGAAGAGGAAGCAAGUCAAAAAAAUUCGUUGGAUGAUUGGAAAAAUAGUAUAGAGGGUGUUGGUCAGGAGUUCAUGAAUGUGGAAACUCUACGUGACACCAUUCGCAACUAUUGCAUUGCAAUUUGCAGGGAUUUUGUCUUCGUGAAGAACGAUCGUGAUCGAGUUACUGUAGAAUGUGUUUAUGAAGGUUGCGAAUGGCGUAUUCAUGCUUCUCGCCUUGGGAAUGGUGAAAAGUUUGCAAUUAAAAAAAUGCACUGUAACCACACAUGUGGAGGAGGAUUGCAAGUGCGGUCUCAUCCAAAGGCUUCAAAACGUUGGGUUUCCAAAAUUGUUAAAGAUCAACUUCAAGAUAUGCCGUUAUAUAAGCCGAGUGAUAUUGUAAAGGAUAUUCGACGACAAUAUGGUGUUGAAUUGCCGUAUCAUCAAGCUUGGCAUGGUAAGGAGGUGGCCAUGAUGGAUCUUUAUGGUAACAGCCGGCUAUCUUAUGAACGGAUUCGCUGGUAUUGCGAUGCCAUUCGUCAGACCAACCCCGGCAGCAUUGCAGAGUACGAAACAAUUGAUGGUCGAUUCAGACGUCUAUUCAUUUGUUUUCAUGCUUCACUAAUGGGUUUCAUAAAAGGAUGUCGUCCUCUGAUUUUUAUGGAUGGCACAUUUAUAAAGCAUAAGGAUGGAGGUGUAUUGCUUGGAGCCACUUCCAAAGAUGGAAAUGAUGAUAUGUUUCCUAUAGCUUAUGGUGUUGUAGAUAUAGAAUGUGAUGAAAAUUGGGAAUGGUUUUGCCGGUUUCUGAAAGAAGCUAUUCAUAGUUGUACUGAGUAUAGUGGUCAACAGUUCACAUUUAUGACGGAUAGACAUCAGGGCAUUAUUAAAUCCGUGCCGAAGUACUUUCCUGAUUCUUACCACUCAUAUUGUAUACGUCAUGUGAAAGAAAACUUCAAGAAUCAGGUCCUUGUCCAUUAUCGUGCAGCUGAGAGAAAGAGCCUCAUUAAUUUACUAAAUGCUGCUGCCUAUACACCAAGGCUUACUGUAUUCCGAAAGCUAAUUGCAAAGCUUACAUCAGAAGCCCCUGGUGCUACCACCUUUCUCCUACAUGCAAAGCCGGAGCAUUGGGCGAAUGCUGUAUUUCCAGGUCCACGCUGGGGCAUCAUGACAUCGAAUGUGGCAGAGUCUUUUAAUAGUUGGGUCCUGGAGGCUCGUCAUCUCCCUGUGCCUCAGAUGGUUGACCAUAUAAGGAUCCAAAUAAUGCAGAUGAUGCAUCAACGGCGUAAUCGAGGAUAUAGCAUUCAAUCUCAACUUUGUCCUGAUGCGGAGAAAGUGUUACAAAAAAAUGCGGAAGAUGGUCGGAGAUUAGCUGUAUUUACGUCCAACAUAAUGAUAUAUGAUGUAAAGGAUACCAACUACUCAUGCAAAGUUGACCUGCAUAUGUGUAGCUGCUCUUGUGGCGAGUGGCGAAUCUUCCGCAUGCCAUGUAAGCAUGCUUGUGCAUGCAUCGAGAAGGACGGCAGAUCACUAUACCAAUUCACCGACAAUUGCUUCCAAGCUGAAUUGUAUAGAGUAACAUAUGCCGAAGCAAUCAGUCCAAUUCCUGACAUGGAGAAACCCCAAAGUGCCUCUGAAGAGAUUCGCAUUCUACCCCCUAUAAGAAAGACACGUCCUGGCAGGCCUAAAAAGAAGAGAAGAUCUUCGCAAGUGGAGUCAGUACGUGAAAUGAGAUGUGGACGAUGCGGGAAGGUUGGGCACAAUAGAAGGACUUGUAAUGAGGUCAUCAAGUAA